CGUAUAUAAGCCGAUUGCCUUCCACUUGCUACCAACACGAUUCUCAAACCGCCCAACAUUCCAUCCACAUUCGCCUCGGUAGCGAAAGCGCUUGCACUCGCCAUCCUGUCUUCGCUGCUAUACUCAGCGCUUCGUACUCAUCUACCUACACUUCGGACCACAUCAAGAGCUCUCAAUUCUAUCAGGCUCUCAACGACUUCAGCGGAUUCUACUUUGCAGAGCGCCAUGAAAAUCGUCCCCCGCUACAGCACCGAACGCGGUCAUGCUGAUCAUGGCUGGCUCAAGACGUUCCACACGUUCUCGUUUGCGAUGUACCAGGAUGAUGCCCACGACCACUUUGGUUGUCUACGUGUGAUCAACGAAGACCGCGUAGAGGCUCACACAGGCUUUGGCACGCAUCCUCAUCGCGAAUUCGAGAUAUUCUCCUACGUUGUCGCCGGUGAACUCGAGCAUCGCGAUUCGAUGGGUAACGUCGAGAUCCUCAAACGCGGCGACCUCCAGCUCACCUCCGCUGGCACCGGCAUCCGCCACUCCGAAAAGGCGCACGGCAAUUCCCAGGUCCACUUCCUCCAGAUUUGGUCCAUCCCCUCCGUCCCGCGCCUCGCGCCCAAGUACUUCACGCGCCAUUUCUCCGACGCCGAGAAGGCGGAUCGAUGGGCGACCGUCGUCGCGCCCGUCGAAGCGCGCGAUGUGGGCGUGCUGAAGGACGAGCGCGAGGGCAAGGGUCCCGCACCGGUGCAAAGCCCCUUAUAUUUGCACGCGACGUUGUUAAGCCCGGGCAAGGCGCUCCCGAGCGUGUUCAAGAAGAAUGUCGCCCCGGGUGGGAGCAAGAAAUACAUUCACGUCGUCCAGACGUCCGGCUACAAUCCGAAGAAAGCGAGCGGUGCGAAGGUGCGCGUGUUCGACGACCAAGGCGCUGUGCAAGAGCUCCACGAGGGUGACGGGGCAUACCUCUUAGGCGAAGCGGGCAAGGAGAUGAAGGUGGAAAAUGUUGGUGACAAGGUUGCGGAGGUGCUCCUGUUCGACGUCGACGUCGAGUGAAUCGAAUAGUUCUCUUCCGCUCGCAGGGCUUGACUGAUGUAACAUAGUGUGCAUUGUCUAAUGUCAUGUAUCGAAUACAGUUACAACAUCACAUUAUAUAAAUUACUACUUGGAUCCAAACGACAAUGCAAUGCAGGAUAAGACAGCAGAUAGCGAUGACUGAUGAAGUGAAUACGUCGGUGGCUCCUUGAUCACACUUUCAUGAACGAGAACAGGCUGCUCAU